AUGGCUACCGAAACAAGGUUUACUGAACUCGAGACAAACGCCGAAACUCCAAGCCCCUCACAGCCAAUACUAGAAUUACAACGCCUGGAAAGGUUGCAGAACGGAGGAGAUGAGGAUAAAGAGUCUACUGCAACAGACGGACUUUUUCAUGACAGGCCACAAUCACGACAAUCGCAAGGAUGCUCUGGGGCACCCUUCUUCAGCGUGCCAGCACAUCCACUGUUCCCGCCGCUCCCCUCAUAUAACCCGCCUUCUGCCUUCAAUGUCUUACAAUACUUAGGUGUCCGGUGUAUUUCGUUUGUACUAUCUCUAUUAUUCCUCGGAGUUAUUGUUGUCAGUGCCUUUUUCCGGAGCUUGUGGUUUCUCUUGGCGAGGAUGGGCCAGUAUGUAAGAGGCAAGAACCCCCGAGAGCAGCGCAAAUUUUACGCUGAGGAACGAGCCCGGAAGCUGGAGAGGAAGACCGCAUCGCGAAAGUGGAAACUACGACAAGAGAAGAGGGAGGUCGAUGAGGAAGUGCCUGAUGAAUGCCCACCGUUAGAAGGGGGAAAGGAUCCCAUCGUAUGCAAUGUCGCCUACUACGCUCGAAGAGUUGGCCUGGACGUGGAAACUUUUAAGGUACAGACAGAAGACGGGUUCAUCCUCACUAUGUGGCAUGUAUAUAACCCUCAGGAAUAUGCGGCUCUCCCCGCUAGCGAGCGAAAUGAUAGAGGACCACAUGUCUUCAACGGGCGAAAACAUCGACAGCCAUCUGCCCGCUCCCACAGCAAAUACCCUGUCUUAUUAAUGCACGGCCUGCUCCAGAACUCUGGCGCGUACUGCGCAAAUGAUGACGAUAGUCUAGCCUUCUUCCUUUGCAAGUCUGGUUACGAUGUCUGGCUAGGAAACAAUCGCUGUGGGAUCGAACCAGAACACGCAAGCUUAUCGGCAUCAGACCCGCGCCUGUGGUCCUGGACUAUCCAACACAUGGGGGUCUUCGACCUAGCGGCCCUGGUAUCGCGCGUUCUCUAUGAAACUGGGUACGAAAAACUCGGUCUCGUAUGUCAUUCGCAGGGAACGGCUCAGACUUUUGUGGCUUUGGCAAAAGAUCAGCGUCCAGAGCUGGGGGCACGGAUCUCUGUCUUCUGCGCCCUCGCUCCAGCAGUGUAUGCGGGCCCUCUCGUUGAAUGCGUUUACUUUCGCUUUAUGCGAAUCAUAUCUCCGGCGACUUUCCGGCUGUUUUUCGGCAUCCACUCGUUUAUUCCCUUUAUGCUAACAGUGCGUCGACAUAUCCAUCCUCGCAUAUACGGAGCCCUGGGAUAUUUGGUUUUUUCAUUCCUAUUUAACUGGAGCGACGCGCGGUGGGACCACGGCCUACGCGACCGCAUGUUCCAAUUUGCGCCUGUCUAUGUUAGCACAGAGACAAUUCGAUGGUGGCUCGGGGCGGAUGGGUUUGCGACGCAGAAAUGCAUUUUAGGGACGCGAGAAACCUGCUUAGCCGAGGUUCAGGAAGACCGCCGUGCUCAAUCUAGUAACCAGGAUGCGAUAAAUGAACGGACUGACACUCCUUGGUACAGUUCACAAGCACCUCCGCUUGCACUGUGGGUUGCCGGGUCUGAUGACCUGGUGGAUGGUCGGCGACUCCUCCAACGAUUGAACAGUGGGCGAGAGCCACAUGUCCAAGUAGUCCAUGCGAAAGUCAUUGAAGGCUACGAGCACCUCGAUGUGUUGUGGGCAAUGGAUAUGAUUGAGCAAGUCGGCCGCGAGGUGCGCCAGGUGGUGUGGACAACCAUGCCGGCAGAUGCACGAGCCAUGAGUGUGAGGCCAAGAGGCGUGGAAUAA